UUCUCCUCAAUUAGGUUUAAACGAUCCGAGAAACGGAAUCUUAAAACCCCCUUUGCCCGUGGAAACCCUAAUUUCGCAUAAGGAUGGCGAAAUCGAUGAGAUGCAAGAGGGUGAAGAGAUUGAGAGCUAUAAGAAGAGAAAUUGUUCAGAAGGAAUCAUUCACUCUCACUAGAGAAGAUGCCAAAUCCGCCGCCAUUGAAGCCGCACUCGCCGCGCCUAAAUUACCUGUUCGUCUACCACCACCUUCCCCGUUCAUGGAAGUCGCGACGCCCACCUCCGAGUCAGCCUCUGUCUCCGCCAACGUUAUGGAUGUGGAAAUGGAUGAUGAGAAGCAUAACAAGUCUCUUAAACCUAUCGGGAGGAAGUUAAAGAAGAAGUUUAAGUUGGGGAUGAAGAAUCGUCGCAGUAAGGGUUUCCUUCGAGGCAAGCGUGUCUAAGUUCCCAAGUUUGGUGUUUACUCCUUGUUCUGUUUAACCUCUUUCAUAUCUAGAUUCCCUAAUUGUCUUAGAAAGUGUCUUACGUCGUACUGUUAUUUUUUGGGGAGCUUCAGUAUUAUAGAGAACCUGAAAAAAAAAAAUGUGAUUUUGAACCUAAGAAGUCUGUUUACGCCUCCAA